UUUCCAAAGUUAUUACAAAUAACUGUCGAUCUAAAAAAAAUACCUUUUUCAUCUUACGUUUUUAGAGGCUUCAAUUGGGUCGAUAAGUUAUACUCUUGCUUUUUCAUGGUGCACCCCUGGAUUGUGUCGUUGAGAGCUCCAGGAUUAGCGAUAGCUCUGACUGCCGUUCGAGCAUCAAUUUUGGAGAGUGAGCAACAUUUUUUUAAUGCGUUGAUUGACAUGCUUGCCCGUGAUGAUGUUUGAAUCGGCAACUUGCAUUUGACGAUCAGGUUCAUUUCACGAAAUAGACCAAAGAAGGCUGGCCGGUGACGCACCACAUCCCUGGGGAGUAACUUGAAAGACUGCGAGAUGGAUGUUAAUUUCGCAGUCUUUUCCUCCCGUGUCAUCUUAGUAAGCUUAGCACUGCCAUUGUUCAAGCAUUGGAAGAUCUUUCAAUCUUGAACAUGUUACCGCUUCCAAAGAUAUGGCCAAGAAAGGCCUUAAUUUUGACGUUACUACUUGGACUCAGCAUCAACCAUGUUCAUGCAGAGGCAGAGGCAGAGGCAGAGGCUGAGGCUGAUCCCAAAGCUGAGGCUAUUCCCGAUCCCGACCCACAAUUCAUGAUGAUGCCACAAAUGCCCCAACAAAUGAUGCCAUCAUUUCCUGCCCAAAGGCCACCCAUGAGUCCUUGUGAAAUGACCAACCAAUGUUGUGGGAUGGCUAAUGCCAAUUGUUGUGUAGGGGGUCAAAAAUGCUAUACCACCUAUGACCGGAAAUGCGAAACCGAGGACGAUCCUCAAUGUCAAAUGACUGUGGAACAAGUCUGCUCCGAAGAGACGAUGCCGGCCUGCCGAUUGGUUACCGAGGUUGUGGAGAGAGAAUUUACGGGCUCAAUUUGCACGCCCAAGCCCCUAACCAAAUGUUGGAGCUACGAAAAGAAGGUGUGUGCCCCAAGCACAAAAUCCGCCUUUCAAGAUAUCACGUGGGAGAAUGAAGUUCUUCGGGUCGUUGAUGAGAAGAUGAGGGAGCAUUGCUAUGACCAAACUGUUUUUAAUUGCUCCGAAAAUGUUUACUCCGACAUCGUAACUAAACAAGUUGAAAAAACUCGGAUUGUCCCAGAUUCACGACAACAAUGCAGAAAUGUCCCGAUAGUGGGUAACUCUACAACGAUCACUAUGCCAGUCGUGAGCAUUUCGUACCGAACUGCUUGUUAUGACAUCCCUGCGCCCAGAUGUUCCACCUCCAUGUGCGGCACUGGAACUUGCGGACAAGGCCAAAGCGUUUGCUCCAGGAAUGAUUACAACACCCAAACAGUCUGUCCAAGCGGAGUGAACAAUCCCAAUCAGAAUUGCCAACAAGUUCAAAGACCCGUGUGUUAUGGUCAAGGCCUUCAAUGCAAUGCCGGAAGUCAGCAAUGUUGCGGGCAACAGACUCAGCGAGUUUGCCGUCAAGUUCCUGAGAGGAACGUCCAACAAGUCAGCCGAGUCAUUCCCGGACAAGUCACCUACGAACGCGUUUGCCAGACGAUGGUUUUUAAUAGAACCGAAAGAUAUUUAGAGCCUGAGCAACAAAUGGUGAAUAGGACGAGGAAGGAGUGCCCUUCGAGUAUUGUGAAUAAAUGUUCCAACAUAUCUUACGCCGAAUACGCAGUUGUCCCUGAGAAGAAAACCCAGAGUGUCACAGUUCAGCUUCCGGAAUGUAAGCACCAGACCGUUCAAGAUCGGUACUGUCACACAUUUCCAGUCGGUGACAUGGCUUGCCGAAGCACUCCCAUCAAGAAGAGAUUUAGAAUUAGCAAGCUCAAAUGUGAUGGGCAAGAACAGCGACCAAUUUGCAAAAAGGUCCCAAGGUUAAAUUGUCGCCUCGGCUCAAGAAAUAAAUGUGAAAUGGUUCCUCGAAGAGUGUGUCAGAAAUCGUGCUCUGACUCUCCACUUUGUAAUCAAUGUAAUCAAUUUAUGCAACAAGGCCCUGGCUUUGGAUCCUGCCCAAGCAGUGGUUGUGGAACAAUCAUUCCCAAUACCCCCUGGUUGCCAGACGAUGGGUCCUAUGAAAAUAGUGGCGUGACUGAAUUCCCUGGAAUUGGUGGUGGGGGAUUUUACCCAGGUAGUGAAAUCGGAGGAGGGGAAUUUUACCCCGGGGGAGAAAUUGGCGGCGGUGGAUCAUAUCCAGGAAACGAAAUUGGCGGUGGCAGUUAUUAUCCUGGAAAUGGAAUUGGUGGGGGCAAUUACUACCCUGGAAAUGAAAUCGGUGGAGGGGGUUCGUAUCCCGGAGAAGAGAUUGGAGGAGGUGGCUCAUAUCCAGGCCAAAUUGGUGGGGGUGGAUCCUAUCCAGGGGACGAUAUGGGUGGUGGCUCAUACCCAGGCCAAAUUGGUGGGGGUGGAUCUUAUCCAGGGGAUGAUAUGGGUGGUGGCUCAUACCCAGGCCAAAUUGGAGGUGGCGGUUUUUAUCCAGGAGGCGAAAUGGGCGGUGGAUCGUUUCCAGGUCAAAUUGGAGGUGGCGGCUCCUAUCCUGGUUCUGGCGUGGGCGGUGGUGGAAGCUACGGUGGCUACGAGGGUUUCACGGCAGAUAAAGCACCUGCUGAGCCUACAUCUUUGACUUCAGAGAAUCAAGAACACAAUCAUUGAUGCACAAAUUUGUUUGGCAUCAUCAUUGCUAACUGAAGUUGAUGCCUUGUUCGUUGAGUCCUUUGUAGCCUUACAAGUUGUUACCUCGUUUCAAUUACCUCUAAGGGUUGAUCUCCUUCUUUUGUACACAUUUUGGACAAAAUAAACGAUACGACAGGCUCAAGCAAAUGUUAA